AUGUUGCCUGCAAUGCUUCAAGCGCCUAAACCUUCAAUCACACUUCUGAGCGCCGCGCUAGCGAAUGCUUCAACACUCUUCUCGGUCGCCAUACCCUCCAUCAACAACAGCACACUCGUAGGAACAUCGCAGGCGAUCUCAUCACCGAGUAAAUCCAUUCCAGCCUCUCAAACUCCCGGCCCUGUCGGCACUUGCACGUCUAUCGAAGGCAAGGCAAUGCAAACUUGCUUCCAAUGGCCGCAGCCAGGCCAACCACAUCCCACCGCAUCGGCGACGACUUCGACGUCUCAAAACGCUACAACAAGUACUGCCCCAGGUGCUCAGAGUUAUACCGCAUCUCCUCCGGCAGCCACAAGUCAUACCAGCACAACUCCACCUCCCUCCUCAUUGCCUCUCCCCCCAUCAUCCACACCACCAGCCCACUCACCUCCAAUCCCCGCCUCCACCUCCACCUCCUCACCCAAAUGCCCCGUGCCACAUCUCUCCCACCGCUCCUCCUCCCCCCUCACCGUCCCAAUCUCCGACAAUCCCAGCAACACCACCCUUCCCGCCUCAUCUCCACUUCCCAGCGCCCCCGCUCCUGCCGACGAUUGUACUUUAAGCAUAGACUCGCCCUUGAACUUGUGUUCCCGUGGCCGAAACCCGCGCCUAGGGCUAGAGCGGUGGAGAUGGGUUCAGGAAUAA